AACUAUUAUUUAACCGCACGCGCGCUCUGGCGUACCUCUCCUUUUUCAUGUCUUCCUUUUGCUAGUUUCUUCUUGCCUUCUCUUUUUCUUUGAUUAUUCAAAGCUCAGCCGUACACAAACAGACCAGACCAGACGACAUCUUCCCCUACAGAGAAUACCCAACAGGGAAAUUUUUCUUUCUGUACUCUUGUUUCUCUCCCUCGUUUAUUUUAACAAAAAGAUAUUUCCUUUUCUCUCAUUCUUCACAUGACCUACUUCUACUUGCCAUUCUAUUGAUGUGUCUUGCAGCUUUUGACAUUCUCUUGGCGGACACUAUACCUUACCACUUCCUUAAACUAUACCUCCCUGUCUUUUCAUCUUCAGACUUCUCUCUUCUCUGCUUCUCUUUAUAAGCCUCUUUUUCUUCGCUGUAUAUAAGCAUGUAUAGGAAGGAGAGGUCUUCCAGGGAAAUGGAAAACACAUUUACUCAAAGGAAGAGAACCCCAUCUUUCUCUUCUUCUCUUCUUGAUGCCAUUUACCGUUCUAUUGAUGAACCCAAUGGUGGUGUAGAGAAAGUUUUCAGUCAAUAUAGAGAAACUACUGUGAUAAAGAAACAGAGCACUACCAACUCUGUUUCUAUGGCUCGGCGUGAUGGGUUUCUUGAAGAAGAUAAAGAAUUAUCUAAUCUUCGACGAGCUAUCAUGAUUGAAACCUGGAUGGAGAAGCAAAGCACUCGUCGUUCUAUGCAUUUUAAUUCUACUUGCACUUCUUCAGAUUCUAGCUCUGGAGCAGGUGGAAGUGGUGGAGUCUUCUCGUCCUCUGAAGCUGAAUCUAGUGUCAAGGAAAAUUCAACAAGAGGAUCGAGUUUAACCCCACAAAGAAACAAGCCUCUUCCAGAAAAGCAACAGAAGCCCAAGUGUGAAGGAGGAUUUACCAAGACAAAGCUACGAGCACAGAAAAUCUAUGGCGAAUUAAAGAAAGCAAAGCAACCAAUUUCACCAGGAGGUCGCAUUGCCAGCUUUCUCAAUUCUAUUUUCCGUUCAGGGAGUGCCAAGAAAGUGCAAAUGUGUUCCAUUGGUGCCAUGGACGAUGUGAGUUGCCAGCGUAAAUCAAAAUCUGCAUGUUCUUCAGUUACAUCCUUUUCAAGUUCUUGUUUGAGCAAAACGCCUCCUUCAAGAGGGAAACAGAGCAAUGGGAAUAAACGGUCAGUUAGAUUCUAUCCUGUUAGUGUCAUUGUUGAUGAGGAUUCUAGACCUUGUGGUCAUAAAUGUAUCUAUGAAGAUGAUCCUGGGUUGAUGCCAAUGCCUGUGCCUCAAAAAAUUUCAAAGAGUUCUUCACUAAAGGAAGAUGUUGCUAAAGGAGGAAAUUACAUCAGGAAUUAUAAGAAGAAGAGUGUCAGUGAAUUAGAUUUCAGGGGUUUUCACAGUUAUAUUGAAGAUAGCGAUGAAGAUGAAGAUGAUGAGAGUUGCUCAAGCUCUGAUCUUUUCGAGCUAGAUCAUCUUAUUGGGAUUGGAAGGUACAUAGAGGAGCUACCAGUUUAUGAAACUACUAGUUUGAAAACAAAUCAGGCCAUUGCUAAUGGCUUCAUCCUGUAGUUCAUUCUAUAAUCUGUCAAUGUAAUUAUUUGAAUGGGAAAUCAAUUUAAUAACUUGCCAUCUCUCUGUCAA